AUGGAGCAGUUUACAUCAGGCCUGCUGGAGUGGAGUGGGGUUCGGUUCACCUGUCGCAAAGCAGGAAAAGGAUUCUGGCUCAGGAGUAUUAUUGUGUACAGGUUGCCCUGGACCUGGAAGUGCAGCAAGUUCCUAAUUAAGUUGAUACAUGCUGGAUUAAAUACCAUAGCUAUGAUUUUUGCAAUUGUUGCUCUGGUAGCCGUGUUUGAUUACCACAAUGCCAUGAACAUUCCUAACAUGUACAGUCUGCACAGCUGGAUUGGUCUGGCUGCUGUCAUAUUUUAUUCUCUCCAGGUUUUCUUGGGUUUCGCUAUUUUUCUGCUCCCUUUUGCUCCAGUUACUGUCCGAGCAGCUUUCCGGCCAAUACAUAUUUAUUCGGGUCUUACCAUCUUUGCAACAGUGAUUGCAACAUCUCUCAUGGGAAUCACACAAAAGCUUAUCUUUUCAUUGAAAAAUCCUGCAUAUAGUGCAUCCCCAGCAGAAGCAACUUUUGUCAACUGUCUUGGUGUUUUGCUUCUCACAUUUGGUAUACUUAUUUUGUGGAUGGUAAGCAAGCCCCAAUGGAAGCGCCCCCCCGAAGUGAAUGCUAAAGUUCUGCAGCCCUUUGGAGCGACUCCUGAAGGCAGAAAAGGAGAAUCCACACUGACAGAUGGUAGUAAUGGAGUUAAAUCUGAUCUGAAGGUCAAUAGUGAAGCAGCCAGAAAACAAAACCUCAAACUUGAUGAAGCAGGCCAACGAUCGACUAUGUAA